UCGCAGCUGGCGCUCGGGGUCUCUGCUCCGCUGCGCGAGCUCCUCGCCUGUGCCUUGCGCUUGUGCCGGACCCGCGUCGCGCCUCAGGAACCGCCAUGUUCCGCAGGCUGGGCUGGCUGGUCCUGUACAGCCUGGCUGUGCUGCUGCUGAGCUGCCUGCUCUUCCUGAAGGAGGCCAAGCCGGCAGGGGGUCCCACAGCCCGCCAGCCCUACUGGGCUCCCCCAGGGCCCCGCCGCAGCCACUGUCCACCCAACCACACAGUGGCUAAUGCCUCCCUGUCCCUGCCUGGCCGUCACCGCCUCUUCUUGACCUAUCGCCACUGCCGCAACUUCUCUGUCUUGCUGGAGCCUUCGGGCUGUGCCAAGGACACCUUUCUGCUCCUGGCCAUCAAGUCGCAGCCUGGCCACGUGGAACAGCGUGCGGCCAUCCGCAGCACAUGGGGCCGGGCGGGGGAAUGGGCUAGGGGCCGGCAGCUGAAGCUGGUGUUCCUCCUAGGGGUGGCAGGCCCUGUGCCCCCAGCCCAGCUGCUGGCCUAUGAGAGUCGGGAGUUUGAUGAUAUCCUACAGUGGGACUUUGCUGAGGACUUCUUCAACCUGACGCUCAAGGAGCUGCACCUGCAGCGCUGGGUGGCGGCUGCUUGUCCCCAGGCCCACUUCAUGCUCAAGGGAGAUGACGAUGUCUUUGUCCAUGUCCCCAAUGUGCUAGAGUUCUUGGAUGGCUGGGACCCAGCCCAGGACCUCCUGGUAGGAGAUGUCAUCCGCCAGGCCCUGCCCAACAGGAACACCAAGGUCAAAUACUUCAUCCCACCCUCCAUGUACAGGGCCCGCCACUACCCGCCCUAUGCCGGGGGUGGGGGGUAUGUCAUGUCCAGAGCCACCGUGCAGCGCCUCCAUGCAGCCGUGGAACAGGCUGAACUCUUCCCUAUAGAUGACGUCUUUGUGGGUAUGUGCCUGCGGAAGCUGGGAGUGAGCCCCAUGCACCAUGCUGGCUUCAAAACAUUUGGAAUACGACGGCCCCUGGACCCCCUGGACCCCUGCCUGUACAAAGGGCUCCUCCUGGUGCACCGCCUCAGCCCCCUGGAGAUGUGGACCAUGUGGGCACUGGUGACAGACGAGGAGCUCAAGUGCGCAGCUGCCCCCUUGUCCCAGCUCCGAGGGGUGGGCUGAGUGACUCAGUGUUGAUUUUCCUAUCAUGAUGAGAAACUGAGAACCUUAAAGCUUGAUCCUUGAUGGUCUAGAGGAAAUGCUGACUUGAUUUUUGUAAACCCCUCCCAAACCUUGCUGACUUGGAUUAAAAACACUGAAACCUGG